AACACCGGAAGUUGUUGCCAAGAGUCUGCGGUUUACCGGAAGUUUUGUAGAAGGUGAAAAGCAAAAUGGCAGCGUUCUUACUGCGGACAAACGGAUCAAAGGCGUUAAAGUGCGUAUAUUUGGAUCUUUUGGGGUUUAACAAAAUAGCACCUGUAACCUUUUGCACUAAGCCUUUGGAACCAAAGAAAAACGUGAAGGGCAGUAAAACAAAGGUGCCAACCAGCACUACUGAAGAAUCCAAAGAGAUGGAUUUUGACAUUUCAACCUAUAAGAAUCUUCAACAUCAUGAUUAUAGCACCUACACCUUUGUGGACUUUGAUCUUGAAUUAGCUAAAUUCAGACUGCCGCAGCCCUUAUCUGGUAGAAAAUGAUUACUGGAAAAAAAACAACUUCAGGCAAAUUGUUUUGGUGAAAUAAUACAUUUUAUACCAGAAUACUAGCUAAAUACAGUAUUUAACUCAUAAUAAAUAACAUUUUAAUGUGUUCACUUGUCAUAUGUAUGACUCUGCAUGUAAAAGCCAUCUAAUUCGAUGUUAAAAAAGAGAGAAAUCUUGGACUUUAAUCAGUGAUCUGACUUUAUCAUGAUUAUUUUUCUGUGAACUAUUUUAGCAUUUUGUAAUUACUUCUGUAUCUUGUUCUUCUAUAAAUUAUCUGUAUAUGAAGAAUGUUUCAUGUCUUCAGGAUAUUAAUAUAAGCAUUUGCUGCAGGCUUAUAUCCGGCCCAUCUUCUUUUGGUUCAAGGACUGUUUAUUAGAGACUCGGAGAAACCAGUCUGAGCAAACUCAUACGUUUGGAAUUCCAUUUGAUUAUAAUCCAGUAUCAUUCUAGUCUAGCUCUAAAGAUCUAGUGUAUAGUAUAUGUACCGAAUAUCCUGUUAUAAUUGGAGCCAUGAAGCAUUAAGUUUGUUUAUUGUCAUGUGUACUGUAUAUACUGUAUACAUAAUACAGGUACACUGAAAUUCUUACUUGCAUGCCUCCUGGGAAUAGCUGACAACAAUGCUGUACCGACAAAAAGAGACUCACAAAAAAAAAGGUAUGGACAACAUUCAAAUAGCAUUUCUCUCUAUCUGUCUAUAUAUAUAUAUAUAUAUAUAUAGAUACACAAAUAUGCACACACACAAAGUGCCUAUAAAAAAUAUUCACUCCCUUGAGCAUUUUCAAACUUUGUUAUACAAAAUUGAAUCACAGUAGAUUUCGAUGUAUUUUUGACAUUGAUAAACAAAAUCACUCAUUUAAUCUCAAAGUGAAAACAGAUCUCUGCCUGGUAGGCUAAAUUGUUUACAAAUAUAAAACACUAAAUAAUUGACUGCAUAAGCAUUCACCCUUUCAAGCCAGUAUUUAGUACAGGGAGAUUCUAAAGGGUGGGGCCCCUGAGUUAUGAUGUGUGUUACUCGUGAUAGAAAUGAAGCAAAUACAGUACAUACCUUGAUACUGUAAAUAUGUAAAUGAUUGUCACAUUCAAUGUUGGAAAUGGUUGCCACCUUCUUGCAAACACAGAUCGACACGGUGCUCCAUAUCAGUAUCAGCAAGCAUUGUAGGGGUGAUGGAAGCAAUUUCAUGUUCAAUGUUUCGCUGCAAUUGUUCCAGUGUAUGAGGCUUGUUCUUGUACACUUUUCCUUUCAUCUCUCCCCAGAGGAAGAAAUCCAGAGGUGAGGUGGACAUAGUCCCUUUGAAAUGACCCGAUUGCCAAUUUGAUGCAGUGGACAUAUAGGAACUAACCAUGGAAUCAGCAGGACUUCAUAUUUCAUCCUUUUUUUGCUUUUAAGUUUUGAGCACAAAAUGAUUCACAGUGAAAUGCAUUAAAAGCGUGUGCCUAAAUUAAUAUUGCAGUUCCUUAUCAACUUUGCAGGUGGAUUUCAAGUGAUCCACUUGAUACACAUUACUGUUUCUUUGCCACCACGUUACACAUUUAGAAAGGAUCACACACAACUAUUGGGAACUGUUCUGUGAUAUUCUUAUAUUUUUAUCAAACCUAAGGUCUUCAGAGGUACCAUGCAGUUAUAUGGUGGUGAUUAAAUUAAUCAAUACAUAUUUGAAAUUGUUCUCACUAGUUUAUACUCUCAAAAAUGAAUAACUUCAAUUUUUGUUUUAAUAUUAAUCAUUUUUGGCGCAACAAUAUGCUACCACCAAGUCAGUGGUUGGUUUCAAACCGUGUGCUCCGUUCUGCCAGGAUCGGCAGGACAUUGAGCUGCAGUAAGUGAGUUUGAGAAUUUAUAUAUGUAAAAGCAACAUAGUUAAGGCAUAAGAAGACUGUUUUCUGCCUGCAAAGAAUUUCCAAAUUAAUCCCACAUAGACUAGUUAGAAAUGGGAAAAUGGUAGUUUGCAUGAAUUACUGUUAAUUACAGAUGGUCCAGUGCCUGCUGUAAUAGAAUCCCAUGUAUUUCAGUACUACUUGCUUCAUUAUUUAUUACAAAAUUUUUGGCAUUAAAGUGUAAAAAUGUGAUUUUUUUUUUAUCAUGUUGGCUAUAUUUUUACAAGUUAAAAAUACAUUUAUAUUAGUCCCACUUUUGCUAUAAAGAGGCAUGAAACAUUUGAUAAGAAGCAGAGUACUGUGCCCAAAAUUAUUUUAUUUCUUAUUCACUUAACAUUUCCAAAAUAUUUUCAAGGAAAAAUAUGACAAACCCCCCCCAAGGGGCUACUUUCCAUUACACUAGUUGGCAGUGUGUUUCAUGUAUCUACAGUUCUCUAAAAGAAAUUUGUCAGUCCUUCUAUUUCUUUACACAUGGAACAAAGCCAAGACAAGAGAUAUACAACACAAGGGAACUUUAAUUU